AUGUCGCAAACCGCACUUAUCACCGGCGCAAACUCCGGAAUCGGUAGGUGUGCCUUAUCGCUCGUCAGUUUCUCCUUUAGGCCUCCACACCCUCAAGCGUCUCUACGCCACUGGCCACUACUCUAAGAUAAUUGGAAUUGCCCGCGAUGCCACCAAAUGCAAUCAAGCCCUUGAGGCUCUGUCCAGCAUCACUGCCCCAGCUGGCGAGACAACCGUAGAGUUCUAUACAGUAAGAGCCUUUAUGAGUCAUGUCAUGAAAGAUUUUUUCAGUGCGAUCUGACAUCUCCAAGUCAGGUCCAGAAACUCUACGACGAAGAUCUGAAGGGCAUCGACAAGAUAGAUCUGAUCGUCAACAAUGCCGGAGUGAUGGACCAUCCAUUGACUGUAAGCUUUUGUUUACUCUGCUAAUUAUUUGUUUAGUUCACUGAUCAUGGGAUCGAAUAUCAUUUUGCUGCCAAUUACUUGGGUCAUUUUCUUCUCACCAAACUUCUGCUCAACAAAUUAUCUCACGACGCUCGCAUCAUCAAUGUAACCUCAGGCCACUAUAAGAAGGUAAGGCCUUUCUGUUGGUUACUUUGAAAGAAAGUGUGUUUCAUACUUAAAAUUAAUAUGUUUUCUUCUGUUUACACGAAGGGGGAGUUUAAUAAAACUCACUAGUCAGUCAGGUAUAUUUUAAAUUUAAGAUUUCCUUAGUGUAAUUUUUUUAGACAAAUAAGAUUCCCGUGCUCGAGACUGUGAAGAUCGUUGAUGGAAAAAAGCCUCGAGGAUCUCCCAAAUUUUUCUACGCCCAAAGCAAACUUGCCCAAUGCCUCUACACCCUUGCUUUGAAGGAUUAUCUGGAGGCAAAUGGCCGAGGUUCAGUGAAAGUUGUGUCUGUCAGACCUGGAUUCAUCCGAGGCACCGAGUUGGGAAGAUAUCACAGCAAAUUUAUCAGGACUAUUUCCAUCCCUCUGGUUCUUCUUUUCUCCAAAAAUCUUGAAAAGGUAAAUAUUCGAUAGAAAUAACUGCUUUCUGCAUCCACUUGUUAGUCCUAUUCUUUGUCUUCCUUUUUUCUUAAUUUCUGAAACUAAUUGUACUCCCCGCGCAUUUUUAAGUUAAUUACCACUGCGUUUAUUUUGAGCAUUAUGUCACAGCAGGGGAUCAAAGUUUGGUGGAAGUUGAAGGCUAACGUCAUUUGGGGAUUAUCUUUUCUGACUUCUUUCUCUUGGCUGCCGAAAAACCUUUAUUUUAUGUGCAAGUUGUGAAGUCCAAAUUGAGGCUUCGUUUAAUCCAUUCAUUUUCAGGGCACGGAUGGAAUUGUUUUUGCUGCGACCGCUCCCUCAGGUGAUGUCCAGUCCGGCAAAUUGUACUGCAAUAAGAACGUGGAAGAAUACAACCGACUGGUUACUGAGGAAAACGCGAAGAAUCUCUGGCAACUUAGCGAGAAACUUCUGAGCGUCUGA